AUGCGGACUGGACACAUCGCGCUCGCAAAGCAUCUGUAUAGGAUCAAGAAAGUCAACAGCCCCGUCUGCCCAGGAUGCCGAACACAUGGCGAGACAGUGUCGCACUAUCUGAUGCACUGCAGAAAAUACGACACCGAACGCGGAGCACUACGAAGAGAUCUGGGAAUCCGGGGAAGUAACAUCAAAUUCUUAUUGACAGACUCAAAGGCGUUUCCAGCUCUCUUUAGGUACAUAGCAGCGACAGGGAGAUUCGCAAAGAGCCACGGCGACCUACAAUUCACAAGCACGGAAUGGAAAGAACAGAACGAAGACGAAUAG